AUGAGAGCUGAUUAUGCUAAUUUUGGAGAUGUUAUUUGCUUUGACACAACCUACAGAAAGAACAAUGAAGGUCGACCAAUUGUAUUGUUUGUAGGUGUUAAUCAUCAUAAACAAUCCAUACUUUUUGGCUCUGCUUUAUUAUAUGAUGAAACCAGUUUGACUUUUGAGUGGUUAUUUGAUACAUUAACUAGAGCUAUGGGUGAGAAAAAGCCAACUACUAUUCUUACAAAUCAAGAUGCAGCAAUGGCAAAGGCGUUAGCUUCCAGAUGGCCUGAAACACAUCAUCGUUUGUGCAUUUGGCAUAUUUAUCAAAAUGCUGCCAUACAUUUGAGUGGAGUUUUUUCUAUGUUUAGAGACUUUGCUAAAGAUUUUUCCUCAUGUAUAUAUGAUUUUGAUGAAGAGAAAGAUUUUAUUUCAGCAUGGAACAUGAUGUUAGCCAAGUAUGCACUUGAAGACAAUGAUUGGUUGAGGCGCAUGUACAACAUCAAGGAAAAAUGGGCUUUAGUAUAUGGACGACAAAUGUUUUGUGCGGAUAUGACUACAACCCAAAGAAGUGAGAGCAUGAAUAGAAUUGUGAAAAAGUAUGUCACUUAUAAACACAAGUUUUUAGACUUCUUCAGUCACUUCCAAAGACUCCUUGAUGAUCGUCGAUAUGAGGAAUUAAAAGCUGAUUUCAAAUCAAAUACAACUAUUCCCUAUUUAAUGUUUCCAAUUGAGAUUUUAAAGCAUGCUAGUGAAAUUUAUACUCCUGAGGUAUACAAGUGUUUUCAACAGGAAUGGUGCUUAUCUCAUGAUUCUAAUCUAGAAAUUUGUGAGGAUGUUGAUACAUUUACAAAAUAUAAAGUUACUCCUCACAAAAAGAAAAACCAUCAUAUAAUUACACUUGAUAAGAAGUGUGAAAAAAUUGAGUGUAGCUGUAGAAAAUAUGAAUUUGCUGGAAUUUUGUGUUCUCAUAUUCUGAAAAUAUAUACGUGGAAAAAUAUCAUGAAGAUCCCAAGUGAUUAUGUAUUGAAAAGGUGGACAAGAAAAGCAAAAAUUGGAUAUUUUGGAGUUAAUGAUUCAAUGACUAACAAUGCUAGUUUGGAUCCAAAAGUACUUCAAAACAUGCGUUACAAAGAGUUGUGUGGGUUGAAUGUUCAAUUGUUUACCAAGGCAGCAGAAAGGGAUGACACUUACAUGUUUGUUAAAGAUGCUAUGUUGAGCUUGUGUAAGAUAGUGGAUGAUAAGUUACAAGGUAAUGCAUCAAAUGUCCAACAAUCAAAUGUGAGCCAAGCAUCUUGGGAAUUUGAUUAUGGUGAAGGGAACUCUACUGGAGUGAAAGGAAUUAAAAUGAAGAAAAAAACAGUGUCAGGUAAGAGGUUGAAAGGUGGGUUGGAGAAGAUUUCAAGGAAAAGAAAAGCAGCGAGGAAAACAAAUCAAACUUCAACAAUUGGUGUAGAUCAAAGUAUUUCCACCGUGGGCAGUGUACAAUGUGACCGGAUCAUUCAUCAACCUAUAAAUUCUGUGUCAACAAUUGGUAGCUCUGUUGCUAGUUUCAACAUGACUGAGACUCAAUUUCCACUAUUAUUGUCAUCACAACUUUCUCAGGCAGCAUGCUCUAAUGCAUCACAUAGAUUUCUGUUUUCGUCAAAUGUUGUUCUUUCCAUUUUAGAGUUUCCAGGUGCAAUUCCCAUUUGUGUAGUUUGCUGGACCACCUCCUGCGGCCUCCUCCCCUUAGACAUCAACGAUCUCAUUUGGGCCAUUUCCAUCCUGCUUCUGUAG